AUGCAAGCUGCGCCGCCUAGUGGCCUCCCGCCGUGCUAUCCCUGUCCGCCGCCCCCGACAGCCCCGCCACUUCCGGCACCGCCGCCGAUGAAAACUGCCGCCGGUACGUCUCACCGGCCCUCCGAUGGCCCUACACCUUCUUCCAUGUGGUCUCUGAGACCUGCCACAUCAGCGCCACAUGGAGCACACGCAGACCCUGCCACGUCAUUUGUUUGGCCCAGUCAGCAGCCCAGUUGGUUGCAUGAUCACACUGCCACAUCAAUUUUUUUUGACCAAUCAGAUUGCGCCACGCCAUCGCCCAGUCAGCUGUGA